AUGGCCUCUCUCUGCUCCAUCGGCGUCCACAAGCCAUCCGCCUGGCCGUAUCUGGUGCAAGAGGGCAUCUUGACCGAAGACAGCACCCAAGCCGACUAUGCCUGGCACACAUACACCGACGACGACCUGCCCGACGAGCUUGUUACCACCAAACACCAUGUCGUCUGGUCACGCGGCGGCCUUGUUCGCAAGGCAUUCAACUUUGAAGUCGAAAAAGAGCCAUUGAAGCACGCACUUCUGACUUGGUUUGUCGUCGAUGAGCCCGCACAUGGACUUGCAGACAGGGCACAGAGCACGCAAGCUCAGAAUGCCGCCCAUCAUUCCCAGAGCUUCCUCACCCAGGGCACCCAGCCGGCUACGGAUCCAACAGCCCCAGUCAACAACUCACCCGCCACAGUCGAGGUCCGCUCCCGCGCCCUUAUUGUUUUCCUCAGGUCCCAGGCCCACGUCUUCUUCCUGUCUGGCACUACCCAUGUCGUCAACCUCCCCUUUGAGGUAGACAAGGCCUUUCCUGCUGCUCGAGGUGUCCUGGUACAGAGGAAGCUGGCACCACUGCACCCCCCACCCCCCAGUCCACCGCUCCCUGCGGCCCCAGUAAAUUCCUUCCUCACAACCAACCAGUCUUUUCUCUCCCAGCACCUCUCCUUCACCCAGACCCUAUCACAGCCAAAUAAUCGCAAUGUCUCUUCUAUUGGAACAUCACGCCGUGGCACGUCUCGCCUCUCAGGCGCGACCAUGUACCUUGACGACUUGAUCAACCCUUCUGCGCCUGUGAACUCAGAGGCGAUACCCAGGUUGUAUUCGUUCACAGAUCCGCUGUCAGAGCUGGGAUUGGUGGUAACUGUCGUGUCGGGAGGUCUCCGUAGCAGCCUGUUGACCACCAAUGGUUCUGGUACUCGAAGACUGGAAGCCAUUGAUAACGCUGAGGACAUCAUAUACGUAUCGCCACAGAAUGAGCUUCUCUUUGAUCGCAGCGGUAAUGACAAACCCCUUUUGCUAGUAGUAACUGCAAACCAUGAGACGAAUGUAUUGACCAUUUGGUCUGCGGCCUACCUUGAGCCAAAAUCUAUAUCCACUUCUCGCAAACAACACGUUCCUCUGCCAAUCACCAAGUCGCGAAGACGUAGCUCUCACGGUACCACUGUACCUGGCACGGGAGCAACAACUCCCUCAAUUCGUGGCGCUGACAGGUUAAGAGAAAGCUUUGGGGGAGCCCCACGAAGCAAGGCUCAACCACCUUCAUUCAAGAUCACAGCCAAAGAACGUCUGUCUGAUCAGGCUGUAGAUGAUGCUCUUGCUUCACAGCUCAAUCCCGAUUCUGACAUUACGCGCCAACCCAAAGAGUCGAGGCGAGUGAGUUCGUUAUUGUCCCGCGCCGAGAUUUCGACUAGCUUCGAUAGGAGUGCUUUUCAGGACAAGGCAACAUCCCGAAAUAGCCUGGGCGGUAGCUUCUCCGCAAGCUUCAAUGCAAGCCAGCGAAGUCGACAUUCACUGGGCCACGAUCGCACCAGCUUUGGUGGCCUCUCACAGUCACGCAACAGAGCCUCUACUCCUGGGAGCGUUACAUCGCGAAUGAGCUUAGGUGCUGUCUCAAUUGAUGAAACUUUUGACGAUGCUAUGGAAGAGGAUACUUUUGACACCAUCGAGGACUACGACGAACUUGACGAUUUGUUUGCGCCGCCCGAUGCUAAAGGUGGCCCUCGACCUGGUGAUGGGCUUCACAAGGAGUUGGUCGUUAGUGCAAUUGCCGAAAUUCCAGUUACGCAAUAUCUCAGGACCGGGUUGUUUGCCCUCGGAAAUCCGUCGGCUCCACAGAGUGAAACACAGCCCGAGGUGCUUACACUUAAUGCGCCCUUUAACUCAGCAACACUACAUGAACGGAAGCUGUACAUGUACAUAUCACACCCGUCGCUACAGCACCCCCUUGAGUGCGAGCUGGCAGUAACGCGGAAGCGGCUAUCCCCUUCGGCAUCAGCAACACAAUCGGGCUCCAACAGCGCUGCUCCCCGGUACGCCUGCGUUCCUAGGUUUGUUAGUAGCCGGGAACUUGAGGGUGCAUUGGACCUAAUCAAGCUACGUGACGGCCAUGUUGAGCGUGUCGUCCAGCUCAUUUCAAACGAUCCCCAAGAAGCUUGCUUAUCGUUAACUGCAGGAUGGGGUACGCAUCUACCAAUGAAGUUCAGUCUAGGCCCCUUAAAGUUGCAUGAUCCCUACGCCAUAUUACAUCUCGGGCAGAGUAGGGCAGCUGCAGGGUCCAAGCGAACUAUAACCGCCAGUCAACCUUUACAACAGCUGUUAUCUGCUGGUGCAAGUGGGAGGCUUGAUGUUGUCGACAGUCAAUACUUCAGGCACCGGAUGUUUCUGCGCCUGUCGCCUUCAGAUGGACAUGUGGCAGAGCUUUUCAAAGUGCUGUUAACGGUCCUCCCCAACUACACUGGUGACUUCAUCCUGGAGAUAUGGUGGCACAUUCGCAAGUCACUUUCGGAAGAAGGGUCCGAAAAAACAACAGCAGACUGGUCGGCCUUUGUAGCAACUUUGUUCACUCUUGUUGUUCCCUUCAUCGAAGAGAAAAAAAGCAAAAUCAAGACCCGUUCAAAGUCUAUCCAACGCAGAAGCUUGGGUCGCCCUUCAAGCCAAGCCAAGCCAGAUGAGCUGAUAGACGAUGCAGACUCGGCAUGGCGUCUCAUGUGCAGUCGUCAGACUUCAAGAGCCCAUGUGAGAAGUUGGGAAUCAUCACCUUGGACUUGGGCUUUGCGUCUGAGCCCCAUGUCAACUACCACCAUGAGCCCAUUGUCGAAAAAUCAGUUAUCACAAGAGCAUUUACCCUCAAUCGCACAGCAGGUCAAGGUCAAAGAUGACACAAUCCCCUCUUGUCUUGAGAUUGCACGGCGAUAUUUGCAAUCACCAAUCGGCAAAGCGACAAGCGACCACUGGAGACGGAUGUCUCCUUCCGAGAAACAAGACCUCCGCAUUUCAUCCCUUUCUGAAAUCGUCGUUUCUCUACAUCUCUUCCGAGAAGAGCGCAAACUGGAUAAGUUGUGUCAAGACUUUACUGGUGUUCAGCCUGGCAACCUUGCACCCAUAUUAGCACAGAUUAGCUAUUGGUUGCGAUGGGAUGCUUGGGACUGGAGACAAGGAAGCUUCUUCGACCUCGAUGGAGGCUCAAGCCAUGAUUGGACUUACGAAGAGUCCAUGCUCUCGAGCAAAGUUCGCCUACACGGCCAGCCAUGGGAUACGCCGCCAUCCAUCUUGGGUUGGCUCACCACUGUUACAGGAUCUCAACACUACGCUCCGUUUCCCACAUUGGCGACGCUUAUUCGAAAGUCUAAAGCCUCGCCACACUCUUCCAUCAAUAUCGAUGAGAUCAUAGCAGGCGUCACACCCCGAACAGUGGCACUGCAUAAUUUCUUCCGCGAUAUUGACCCUGCUUCGAGCCCUAGACGAGUAGUUGAGCUGAUUCAGAGGUGUGACAUCAACUCCGAUAUGCUAGCUACGUUGCCAGAGGCUGCCAAGGCACCGCUGAUGGAAGCAAUCACAAGAUGCCAGGCGAACCCACCUACAACAUGGUCAAGCUCACUUUUGAAGCUUGUGCAGCGCGAAGACCUCGAUAUCCGUCAUACCUCAACUAGAGAUUUCUUUAAUGACAGCCAUCUUAAUACGUCUGGUGGCGCUCUUCAUGCAGCUGGCAUCACGCGCGAUGUCCAUACCAUAUGCCAGGCCGCUGAUCGUGUGGAGCCUAUGCAGUCGACAGCCGAAGUUGAUCGCCACUAUAUUACACGACUGAUUUUUCGCGAGGAUAGGCGGUUUAUGGAAGCUUACACGCUAUUGGAGCCGUUGCGACAGACUGUUGCCGAAUACAAAGCCGACAACAGGCAAGACGACGCUGCAAUGCUUGAGGGGCAGAAGGCGCUCAUGCAAUGGGUUAUGAUUCGCACCUUCUCCCUGCCUGUGGGCAGCUCCAUGAUCAAGUUUAGUAGCAAGAAGCCUCUACUGACAGAGAAGUACCCUCUCUAUGGUUUCUCCACCUCCUGUCUCAUGAAGCCUAUGGGUAACGUUGUAACAGCUGAACGGCAAAAUUAUUCCGAAGAAAAAUACUUUUGGGCUUUCUUCAACGCCGGUGCCGCAGCUGGACUCGGUAUCUCGCGAGAUGCCCAAGGCAUUGAUACUUCGUGGAUCAUGUACAACAAGCCUGCUGAAUUGACUAACAAACAUGCUGGACUCUUGCUCGGUUUAGGCUUGAAUGGACAUUUGAGGACAAUUGCCAAAUGGUUGUCGUUCAAGUAUCUUACCCCCAAACACACCAUGACAUCGGUUGGGCUACUGCUAGGAUUGGCUGCUUCAUUCAUGGGCACAAUGGACACACUCGUCACACGACUGCUGUCUGUACACGUCACUAGAAUGUUGCCAGCGGGAGCAGCAGAACUGAACCUAUCCCCGUAUACGCAGACCACAGGGCUGAUGGGUAUCGGCUUACUUUAUUACAACACUCAGCACCGUCGCAUGAGCGAGGUGAUGCUCUCGGAGAUUGAGCAUGUGGAGGUACCAGAUCCCUCCGAACCACCAGACUCUCUGCGUGAUGAAGCCUAUAGGCUGUCUGCCGGUUUUGCGCUCGGCUUCAUCAACUUGGGCAAGGGAAAGGAUCUCCGAGGUCUUCACGAUAUGCGCAUUGUUGAACGCCUCAUGACUGUCGCUGUCUCACCCAAGCCAGUAAAUGUCGUACAUAUCCUCGACCAAGCGACCGCCGGAGCAGUCAUCGCAGUGGCCCUGAUUUUCAUGAAAACCCACGACCAAAGCGUAGCCCGCAAAAUCGACAUUCCAGAUACACUGCCGCAAUUUGACUAUGUCCGCCCCGAUGUUUUCCUGCUACGCACCUUGGCGAAACACCUCAUCAUGUGGGAUAACAUCGAAGCAUCAGAUUCGUGGAUCAUCAGAAACCUUCCCUUUGAGUACCGCGAGGCCUUUGAUCUUAAGGGAAUCACACGCCUACGAAGCGAACAGAUGCCGUUUUACAACAUCCUUGCCGGUCUAUUGUGGAGUGUCAGUCUCAAACACGCUGGUACUGGAGACACUCAAGUACGCGAUUUCCUGAUCAAGUAUCUGGAUCAGUUUAUUCGAAUCAACAAGCUGCCAGCUGUGCGAUAUGAUUCUAAAUUAUCUAAGAACACAGUACGGAACUGUCAGGAUCUCAUCGCCCUAGCAGCCGCCACCGUCAUGGCCGGCACAGGUGACCUCGACGUCUUCCGUCGUCUUCGCGGUUUACACGGCCGAAUCGGACCAGACAUCCCCUACGGCUCCCACCUCGCAGCCCACAUGGCCUUUGGCGCCCUCUUCAUUGCCGGCGGCACGCAAACCUUCAGCCGCAGCAACAAAGCCAUCGCCAGUCUCAUCUGCGCCUUCUACCCCAUCUUCCCCUCAGAUGUCCAAGAUUCAAAAGCCCACCUCCAAGCCUUCCGCCACUUCUGGGUCCUAGCCGCCGAACCCCGCUGCCUUGUCAUCCGCGACGUAGACACCGGCCGCGCAAUCUCCAUGCCCAUCACUAUCCACUUCAAAUCCCGUCUCCCCGACGGCUCGAAGACGAAGAACCUCGUUGCCCCGUGUCUCUUACCCGAGCUGCCCCUGAUAAGUAAGCUGGAAACGGCAGAUCAGAGCUACUGGCCCACGACCCUCGAUUUCUUGAAUAAUGCAACACAUCUCGCAGCUUUUGAACGCAAUCAAACGCUCCAUGUGCGGAGGCGCUCCGCGCAUGAUACGUAUGCUACAGCGUUCAGUUCUACGCUUGUAGCGCUCAAUGAUGCGCAGUCUUCGCGGACAUCACAGCUUCUGUUCCACUGGCUUUUUACACUUCCGUCUUUAUCGAACUUCGUCAGUGCCUCUGAUGCAGGUCUGAUCCUGCCGCUGGAUCAGCAUUCCAAAUCUUGGUUGGACCCUGGAGCUACGGUUGUAGAGUCAAGACUUGUGCUUGCGAGACUUGCGGGGAGCGAGAAGGUGGAGGAGUUGAGGGUUUUGAGGGGUGUGUUUGAGUGGGCGCUUACGGCUUGUAGGAAGGAUGGCAAAUUGAGGUGGCUUGGGAGAGAGGUUGUGGAGAGGAUUAAGGCGGGGGUUAUGGAUCGGGCGAGGCAGAUGGGUGGCGGGUGA